AUGUCCGAGUUUGGCUGGGGGAAAUGGACAAGAGGAGAGGAAGCAGCGGAGGUGGCGAGCGAGGGGACAGCAGUCAGCCGCACUGGCACUUGGAACUUCAUCACCAAGACCGUCCCGUCGAUUCCAGGCUUCAUGUCGACCAUGGCGACUCGAUGGCUUCACGACCAGGAGGAGCGGGUGAAGAAGGAGAAGGAGCAGGCGAUCCAAGCCGAGAUCCAAGGCAUGCCCCAGCUGAGCUACCAGAUCGAGAAGAUCUCAGCGCUACUGCGCGAUCAUGAUCGACCCCACCUGCGCGAUGGCUCUCGAGACUUCGACACGGAGAUCAAGUACCAGCUGAACCGGAUCCAACAACUCCUGCAUGAGACGAAAGAGUUCCAGGAGGGGCGACGAGGGGCUGGUGCUCAAGACCUGCACCGCAAAGUCCAGACGCUGGAGAAACGAGCGUCGGGACUUUCACUGCGAGACAGCCCGGCGAGGAGGAGCGACGCGAGCGACUCCGCCAAGUCGAGCAGGACGAGGAGCGACAGGAGAGCGUCGAGGUUCUCGGAGACGGACGCGGAGGAGGCGACAAGCACUGGUGAAUGUCAGUCGCGCUCUCGUUCCCGUCUGAGGCAGCUCGCGGCAGGAGAUGACGUGGGUGUCAAGCUGAGGCACGAGGACGACCGGGACGAUCUCAAGACUCUCUUCAGCCGAGCCCGUCACGGACGGUACAAGGAGGUCGAGGCCCUGCUGGACUCCGGGCUGUCGCCCGACCUGCGCGAUGAGUUCGGCAACACCGUUCUCAUCAUAGCGGCUCAGAACGGGAACAAGAGGAUCACUAAGAUCUGCUUGAGAAGAGGAGCGAACAUCAACGCGCAGAACUUCCGUGGUCAGACGUCGUUACACUACUGUUACGCCUUCGGGUAUAUGGAGCUGGGAAGUUACCUGGAGUCAAAAGGUGAGGCUGAGCUGCCUCGAUGGAAAGUGACCGGGGGGGGGCAGGGGCGAAUCCUAAGAUACGGAACGAGUUCGGACUAG